CUCUCACUCCGCGCACAGACGCUCACCGGGCCUCAUCUCAGUUAAUACUUCUCCAGUCCUGCAAGGAGAUCUGCUGCCACACUAUAAUUAGCAUUUGAAGGGCCUGGUGCGUGAGGGUCAUUGCCAGAGGUCGAAGGUCAGAGGUGACUGAGGAGUGCAAGGAUGAGCUGCCUGUCAGUGAGGGCUUUCCUCCUGCUGGGACUAAUGUCCAGCACCUGGGCUCAAGGGACGUGGAGCCGCGGGCGGCAGAGAGGUCUGAGGACUGCCAGGCAGAACAAUCCCGCCCUUUACCACUCCGAAGAUGGCUCCGAGUGGAGCACCUGGUUCAACGUGGAUCACCCGGGGGGCCGCGGGGACUACGAGCAGCUGGACGCCAUCCGCUUCUACUACCGCGACCGCGUGUGCGAGUCGCCCCUCGCCCUGGAGGCCCGCACCACCGACUGGAUCCCCGCCCACAGCACCGGCGAGAGGGUGCACGUCGACCCCGCCCUCGGCUUCUGGUGCGCCAACGCCGAGCAGCCCGCCGGGCGCAACUGCUCCAACUACGCCGUGCGCUUCCUGUGUCCCAAAGGUGUUUCUGGGUCUGUAGCUCAGGAUGCGUGGGGUCCUUGGUCAGACUGGAGCCAGUGCUCUGCACAGUGUGGCCAGGAGGCUGUGCAAGUGCGCUCUAGGAGAUGCAAUUCACGCUCCCACCACUGGGAGCAGCAGUGCAGCGGCCCUACAGUGGAAGGCAGGGUGUGCAAAGGACCUUCUUGCCCAGUUCCAGCGUGCAGCCUGCACUGUGCGAUGGGCAGGGUGAACGCGGAGUGCGACGCGUGCAUGUGCGAGGACCACCUCCUGCUGGGCUCCGUCCGGAGUGCCGGGGGGCUGCCCGCCCCCGGGGCUGCCCUCCUCCGGCCCGGCCCCAACCCCAGGGUCCUCACCCGCACCGACCACAACGGCCACUUCCGCAUCCCGGGCGUGUGCCCCGACGGGAACGCCACGCUGACCGUCAGGCUGCAGAAGCACGCCCCGCUCACCGUCACCGUGCCCCACAGCGCCGAGCGCACCUCCGUCCUCCACGUCAAGCUGGACAGGGCAGAGAAACUCCAUGUCCUGAAGAACCCAGAGAGCAAAGCCCGGAGAGAGGGCCAGACAGCUGCUUUCUGCUGCAAAGUUGGCGGCACACCUGAACCAGACCGCUACCAGUGGUUUCACAAUGGCUCUCGGCUGGAGGUCACGCAGACGAAGGAUGAUGCCACUCUGGUGCUGAGGAAUCUGCGCAUGGACCAAGCCGGAGAGUACUACUGCAGGGCCACCAACGAAGCUGGAGCCAUCAAAUCCAAGCCAGCUAUACUCACUGUCAUAGGUAAAGAUGAACCUUCAUGCAAGCCUAAACCUGAAUCCUAUCUGAUCCGUUUGCCUCAUGACUGCUACCAGAACGAGAGCAGCUCCUUUUAUUACGAUGUGGGGAGAUGCCCCGUGGGCACGUGCGCAGGGCAGCAAGACAAUGGAAUCCGGUGCAAGGACUCUGUGGCAUACUGCUGCGGGGUAGCAAAGAUGGAGGAGCGGCAGAUAUCCUGCCAGGGCUACCAGCUGCCCACCAUGGUGGUCACCCAGUGCGGCUGCCAGAAGUGCGUGGACACCAAAGCCAUUGUGCGCGGGCGUGCCAUGGCGGCAGACAACGGGGAGCCAAUGAGGUUUGGCCACAUCUUCAUGAACGGUGUGAGGGUCAGCCGCACAGGCUACAAGGGCACCUUCUCCAUCCAGGUGCCUCAGGACACAGACAGGCUGGUGCUGACCUUCGUCGACCACAUGCAAAAGUUUGUGAACACCACCAAGGUGCUGCCAUUCAACAAGAAAGGCGGAGCUGUGUACCAUGAGAUAAAGCUGCUGAGGAAGAAGGCGCCAGUGACCCUGCGCUCAUCAGAGACCAACACACUCCAGCUGGGAGAAGUGGAGGGCCAGGACCCCAUCGCUGAGAUCCAGAUCCCCCCCAAUUCCUUCUACCGUGAGAACGGAGAGGUGUUUACGGGUAAUGUGAAAGCCAGUGUCACCUUUCUGGAUCCCAGAGACGUCUCAACGGCAAAUGCUGCACAAAGCGACCUUAAUUUCAUUGAUGACAAUGGCGACACACUUCCACUGAGGACGUAUGGCAUGUUUUCCGUGGAUUUCCGGGACGAGGAGGCGGAUGAACCUUUGAAUGCGGGUGAGGUCAAGGUGCUCAUGGACGCGGCCCAGGUGAAGAUGCCCGAACACCUGAGCACCAUGAAGCUGUGGUCCCUGAAUCCAGACACAGGCCUCUGGGAGGAGGAGGGUGACUUCCACAUGGAGAAGAAGAGGAGAGGGAAACGGGAGGAGAGGACCUUCCUCAUAGGGAACAUGGAGAUCAGGGAGAGGAGGCUGUUCAACCUGGAUGUCCCGGAGAACAGGAGGUGCUACGUGAAGGUGCGGGCCUUCCGCAGCGACCGCUUCAUGUCCAGCGAGCAGGUGGAAGGGGUGGUGGUGACCCUCAUCAACAUGGAGCCCACGCCGGGGUACUCCUCCAACCCCCGCUCCUGGGGCCGAUUCGACAGCGUGAUCACCGGUCCCAACGGCGCCUGCCUGCCGGCCUUUUGCGACGACCAGAAAGCAGAUGCUUACUCCGCCUACGUUAUGGCCAACCUCGGCGGAGAGGAGCUGGAGGCAGUCCCAUCAUCUCCUAAAUUCAAUCCCAACACUAUCGGAGUUCCACAGCCCUACCUGAGCAAGCUCAAUUACAGGCGGACAGAUCAUGAAGACCCCAGGGUGAAGAAGACUGCUUUUAGCAUCAACGUGGCAAAGCCCGGCGCCAAUGUGGCUGAUGAGGGUAACGGCCCCAUUUACUCUUUUGAUAACCUGAAGGAGUGUGAGGAGGCCCCUUUCAAUGCGGGGCAUUUCCGCUUCUACAGGGUGGAGGGGGAUCGGUAUGACUACAACACAGUGCCUUUCAACGAGGACGACCCCAUGAGCUGGACGGAGGACUACCUGAGCUGGUGGCCGAAGCCCAUGGAGUACCGAGCCUGCUACAUCAAGGUCAAGAUCAACGGCCCCCACGAGAUCAACGUGCGCUCCCGCAACAUGGGCGGCACCCACCCCAGGACGGUGGGCCAGCUGUACGGCAUCCGGGAUACCCGCAGCAUCAAGGACAUGGACAAGCCCAGUGUCUCGGCCGUUUGCCUGGAGUUCAAGUGCAGCGGGAUGCUCUAUGACCAGGACCGAGUCGACCGCACGUUGGUGAAGGUGAUACCCCAGGGGAGCUGCAAGAGGGACAGUGUGGGACCCAUGCUGCAGGAGUACCUGGUCAACCACUUGCCGCUGGCUGUCAACAAUGACACCAACGAGUUCACCAUGCUGGCCCCGCUUGACCCUCUGGGCCACAACUAUGGCAUCUAUACCGUGACCGACCAAGAUCCCCGCACAGCCAAGGAAAUCGCCCUGGGGCGCUGCUUCGAUGGCACCUCUGACGGUGCCUCUCGGGUGAUGAAGAGCAACGAGGGGGUGGCCCUCACCUUCACCUGCACUGACCGGGAGGUGACCCGACAGAGCGUCUUCCAGGCCCUGCAGAACUCCCCGGGACAGUCUCUGGUCGGCGCUGUUCAGGCAGGCAGAAGCAACAGGAGGCAGAGGGGGGGCCAGGCAGCAGUCCGUAGCAGCCGCAGGCGCAGUACCCGAAACCCAUUCCCCGUACGCAGUAGAACCUCGGGUUGAGUCCCAAAGGCUAAGUCCCUGCAACAGGUCUGUGGGAUGAGUUCCCAGGCUGAGUCUGCUGACUGAGUCUCUGGGGUUGAGUCCUCAUCCUACAACCCUGUGAUUGAGUCCUCUGGUUGAGUCCCAGGGCUGAGUAUCGGGGCUGAGUCCCCAGGCUGCAGUCCGGCAGCUCCUCUCACACCACAGACAUAAAACAGCCCAGCAGGUUACUUCUCAGCCUGGAAUCCAUGAGUUUCCCCCAUGAAAUAAUGACAGUCUUACAUGUAGGUUUCUAGAUUUCUGCUUUUGUUUUCUGU